UAGCAAUUCAGUGUAGCAACGCGUAGUUCAGCUUAGUAAGAUCUAGGUAUACCCAACAUCCCCUUAAAUUCCUAUCCCCCAAAAGGCGAUUGCUUACCAUCAAGUGAUAAAAAAUAUCGGUUUGUUUGUUUCUUAUUUCAGGCUCUCCUAGCCAAUGGUAAGGUUUUCAAUAAAUCGGAGCUCAAAUGCGGAGGCUCUCUGAUAAGUGAGGAGUUGGUUCUACCAGCUGCCCACUGCAGCACCACUUCUGUAAGGGUUGUUAUAAACAUGUCUAUACGACCAGUAAGCUUACAAGUUGCGCACAUAUUGGACGACAAUGCAAUUGUCAUUGGCUGGGGAGCAGUGUUACAUAGGACGAUGAAUGCAGACAUAUUACUGAAAGGAGACAGCGGUGGACCUCUCAGCUUUAGAAAUCGUAUAAUAGAAAAAAAAGAAAAAUGGACACGUCUAAUGGCAAGCUGGUACCCAAAAGAUCGAGAAAGACGGAAUAGGACAGUAGAGGACAAUUUCGGGACUACAAUCGGUCCGACAUGGACAAGGACGGUGAAGAACAGGACAGAAUCGGAAUUGUUAGAGGACAACUCCAUUGAAGGACAAGUUGAAGAGUACAGUAGAAUCUCUUUGUUCACAGUUUUGAGAUUAGCGAUUUCAGUGUUUGUUGGUUAAAUAUUAAAGCUUUACAUAAGUUUUGGAGAUUACAAACAAAACAAUACUGGUUUUAAAUAAAUAAAUACAUAAUUCUACUAAAAAUCACGGUUUCGAGUCAUAGAGGGACUCUUCAUCAUGAGCAGCGUACGCAGACUGAUUGUUUUAGUUAAAUUAAAAAUGUAAUUUUAUGAUUAAUUGUAUUCAAAUAAAAAUAAAUAAAUAUAUAAAACUAAA